AUGAACAAACAAUUACUCUCUUUGGUGCUCGAUACCUGCAAUGGCACGGGGCAUUCGUGGCUACUCUAUGGAUAUUCACUUUCUCCCCACUUUCUCCUUCCGCUCUGUUUACACAGACUACCCGAAGCUCAUCAACAGCCAAAAAACAGCCGAACAAACCUACGAACACAAACCAAAUCCACAGCGAGCACCGCCUUCGCCGCGCCUCUCGGCCACCUCAUAUGCCCAGACUUCUCUGAACAGCAACAGCAGCACUACCUCCAAGGCUGCAGCGGCCUCUGGGAAACCAUUCGAGCCAACCCCGAGGUAUCCGUGCUUUUCCAACAGGCUCAUAGGAAGCUAGUUGCACUGAAAGCCUUCCUGAUGGCCACAGGGAAAGCGAUACAAGCAGCCAGCCACCGCGCACCACCGGCGCCAGCGAAUCGAAUCCACACGCUCAUCCAGCAGACUUAA